AAUAAAUAAAAUCCUUGAAAAAACAGUAUCAGAAAAAUUACGCCAAAAAAAAGAACUCAUCUCUUUCACUUUUAGCCACCAAAAUUAUCGUUUUCUUCUUGAUUUGUCUGAAAAAUUAUCUGGGAAAAAUUUAUUAUCAGAGAUUUCUCUCUCAUAUCCUCUAAUCUUAUCAGGUACUUCUCUUUCUAAAGGAAACACUAGAUAAAUAGCAAAAAAAAUGGACAAAUUGCAUCUGUAGAUCAGACUUUUUAAUCUGUUGUUGAUAAUAUUUGGAUUAAAUUUCUACCCUUUAUGUUUUUUUUUGAAGUUCAGGUGUGCUCAUUUGUUUAAUUCAUCAACAGAAGCUGAUUUUUUGUGGUGUAAGAGUUUUGUUUAGCCUUUUGCUACCAUGGACAAAGUUUAUUUAUGGGAUCCAUGUUGCUGUUACAUUGACACCGAAUUGCAUUGAAUUCUUCGUUUUUUAAUUGGGUUUUUGUUAUUUUUGGUAAAUUUGUUAGGAAGAUUUGAUUUAAUUGAAUAGCAAUUGAAUUAAGUUGGGGAAUUGGAAUUUGAUUGAUGAAUAAGUUCAUUGGUUUGAGUAAUCUUUAAAGGGCGUGUUGGUAUUGGAAUUAUUUGUAUUUUUUGGAUUUUGGAUUAAAAGAGGGCUUAAGGAUUAGGGUUUUGGGAAUGGUGUCUGGAAAUGACCCUGUUGAAUCAUUACUUAAUUCAAUUCAAGUUGUUUUUUCUCCCAUCGAAGCGGGUUUUAGGAAGGCUACUAAAGAGUUUGAGUUAACAUGGUUGAACUCGAAGAGUACCGCUCGUAAUGUUGAUGUUUUAGGGCAUUUGAAUGAUCCUAAUGGUGUCAAUACUAAAAACAACAAACUUCAUUCACCUACAUUGAAGAAGAAAACUACACCCCCUUCUCAAUGUACUUCUAAUGAGGAUAAGAGAAAAGGGUCAUCAAAAAAGCUUCCAAAAAAGACCAUUUUUAGCAUGCUUUCCCCGAAUUGUGCUAGUUCCGAUUAUAAGGACAAUGCGCUCAAGGAAAGGUCGAAAGUAAGGGAUUGGGAGAAAAAAGAUGGAUCAUGUUCCAACUGUUUGCAAUUUGCAAUGAAUUGGUCGAUGUUUGUCAAUGGAUUUGCUCAGGCAUUUCCCAUGUCUUUUAAAUUAGGAAAAAAGCGUUGCUCGAAGACAUGUGAUGAGGAAAAGAAUUUGUAUGUCUGCUCGCAGAAAUCUUCGGUUAUACAUGACUUCGAGAGAAAAGAAACGAAAAAGGGUACGCUUGUAAUGGUGUUGCCAACCGAGGAUACUAAGAGCAAAGACGGGAAGCAUCUAAACCUUGAGCUGGUUUUAGCUCUCAUUUUAGACCAGAUUACACAUAAUCUCCAAAAGCUUGAUCAGGGUGUCAAAUUAAAUGGGGAAAGAAUAUGUCGAUCUUCUCCAACUCCAAUUCCAAAUCCAACCACAACCACACCCCAAUCCCCCUCUCAUUUUGACCAUUGGAAGGCAGUGACUACCAUCAUAGAGGGCAAGAAGGCAGAUAUGAAUGUGUUCUUGGGAAAUUUUAACUUUGCUAGGAUGGGUGGAGCACCAUCUACCCUUGUAGGAGUUACGUCUGCAGUGAAAGAAGACAGGGAUGAUAGUGUGACUGCUAGCAAUAAUGAAGAAUCGGGCGGGUUAUCAGCUCAAAAGAUUGCCAGUGGGCUGCUUAAUAUCCCCUUGUCCAAUGUUGAGCGCUUGAAAUCGACACUGUCGACUGUGUCAAUAUCAGAACUUAUUGAGCUUCUGCCACAACUCGGUCGUUCUUCUAAAGACAUUCCUGACAAGAAGAAGUUGUUUUCCGUGCAAGAGUUCUUCAAAUACACUGAGGCUGAAGGAAGGAGAUUCUUUGAGGAGUUAGACAGAGAUGGGGAUGGGCAGGUAAACCUAGAAGAUCUCGAGGAUGCAAUGAGAAAGCGAAAAUUACCACGCAGAUAUGCAAAAGAAUUUUUGCAACGUGCUAGGAGUCACCUAUUUGCAAAAUCAUUUGGCUGGAAGCAGUUUUCAACCUUGAUGGAGCAAAGGGAAGCAACUAUUCUACGAGCUUAUACCUCUCUAUGCCUCAGCAAAUCGGGUACCCUUCAGAAAAGUGAAAUAUUAGCAUCUUUAAAAAAUGCUGGACUCCCUGCAAAUGAAGACAAUGCAGGUGCUAUGAUGAGAUUUUUGAAUGCUGACACUGGAGGGUCCAUUUCUUAUGGACAUUUUCGGAACUUUAUGAUGUUACUCCCUUCUGAUCGUUUGCAAGAUGAUCCUCGGAAUGUAUGGUUUGAAGCUGCUACUGUAGUUCCUGUUGCACCUCCUGUUGAAAUUCCCGCAGGAAGUGUUUUGCGAUCAGCUUUAGCGGGAGGCCUUGCUUCUGGCCUCUCAACAUCUUUAUUGCACCCAGUUGACACCAUAAAGACUCGAGUUCAAACAUCAACUCUCUCUUUUCCGGAAGUUAUAUCAAGAGUUCCACAAAUUGGAGUUCAAGGCUUAUACAGGGGCUCCCUCCCUGCAAUUCUUGGGCAAUUUACCAGCCAUGGACUACGGACUGGGAUUUUUGAAGCUACUAAACUUGUGUUGAUCAACUUUGCUCCAAAUCUGCCUGAACUGCAGAUUCAAUCUUUAGCAUCAUUCUGUAGCACAUUGCUGGGAACUGCAACGAGAAUACCAUGCGAGGUACUGAAGCAGCGUUUACAGGCUGGGCUUUUUGACAACGUUGGAGAAGCUAUCGUGGGUACUUGGCAACAGGAUGGUCUCAAGGGCUUUUUUCGUGGGACGGGUGUGACUCUUUGUCGAGAAGUUCCAUUAUAUGUUGCUGGCAUGGGGCUUUACGCCGAGUCCAAGAAGCUCGCUCAGCAUCUCUUGAAUCGAGAAUUGGAGCCAUGGGAAACAAUUGUCGUUGGGGCGUUAUCCGGAGGAAUUGCCGCUGUUGUCACUACACCUUUCGACGUGCUAAAAACUAGAAUGAUGACGGCUCCUCAUGGCCAACCUAUAUCAGCUUCCAUGUUGGCGUUCUCCAUUCUGACACACGAGGGCCCGCUUGGAUUCUUUAAAGGAGCAAUACCGAGGUUUUUCUGGGUUGCUCCCCUCGGUGCGAUGAAUUUUGCUGGUUAUGAACUCGCAAAGAAUGCAAUGAGUAAAACCGAAGAAAUGUCGGUGGAUGAAAUCACUCAGAAAUAGCAAACUAUUAGUACUUAAAAAGUUAAAAGACAGUUUUCUUUUAGUUUUUCUGUGUUUUGUAAAGCUGGUUUUAUGCAGUACAGUUGCAGCCUCUU